AUGAGAGACCUAUGGUUGUUCCUGCUCCUGCCUUUGUCCCUGGCAACCUUCCAUGGAGUCCAAGGCUGCUUGGAAUGUGACCCCGAAUUUAUAAAGGAUAUUAAGUCCUUGUUGGAAAAGUUGGUACCCUCAGAAGUCCCUGGCCGAACUCAACUGCUUGAAUGGCAGUUGAAAAAGAUGGUCAAUAUAAGCUUCAAGGUCUCCCACGGAAACAAGAUGCUUCGGGUAUUGGCUGUUCAAAAGGCUAUCUCUUUGAGAACGUGGCUGAAGGAUGAACUUCAUAAAGUGGGCAGUAAAACAUGGAAAGGUGUCUUCAUCCUUCAAGGCGACCUUCUCGAUAUCCGCCAAAACCUGGAAUCCAGACUGCAAGAAACAUUAAAGCACUUCUCUGAAGUUGCUUGUUCUGAAGAUUGUGUGACGACGGAAGGCCCUGUCCUGGACUGCUGGCGCUGCCACCGCAUCACCGCCCAGUGCUUCCAAGGAGAGUAUUGUGAAGAAGAGGAUCCAAGGCAGCCUGAGAAUCAAGAAAUCACACUAUUUCUGAUACUGAUAGCGGAAUUUGUAAUAUUGGGAAGUGCUUUGUUACUACUCCAUAUUUGUGUUACCCAUCGGAGGAAAAUAAAAGCAGCACGGAGGUCAUUAGAGACAUACUUGGACAUGAAACUUGAAAAAUUAAUGGAGAUCACAGAUGAGAAGGAGAAGGAAGAUUCUGGAAUAGAAAAAUAA